CAAGAUCGACUACUUUUCCUGUCUAUGUCUUUUUUUCUCUCGAUUGGUUGAGUCUGUCUGGUGCUUUCAGACAUGGCCGAAGAAACCGGGGAGCUAGCAACGGAUGGAGAGCAAGCAGAAGCGUAUUUUCAUAAGAAAAGGGCUAAAUGUACGCCGGAGGAAGAGGCAAAGCUUGAAAGGCAACACUUUUGGAAAGUGAUCGAUGCGUUUCGAUAUUAUAGAAUCCAUGUUCAGGAGCGCGUGAAGCGCGCAGAGAGUCAGUACCGAAGUCUUCCACAGCACCAUCAGAUGCUUCUCCCGGCGGUCCCGUCCAACCUCGCCCGCAUCCAGUACUGUGUGGACCACAACCAGGAUGUACUGCAAGCCAUCGUACUCAACUGUGUCCACAUGUUCGAGAAUAUGGAAUACGGUGAAGAGGACGACCUGAGGAAGGUGCGGCCAUCCACGACGUUCGACAUGGACAAGCUCAAGUCAACCAUCAAGCAGUUUGUGCGAGACUGGAGUGAGACGGGUCAGGCAGAGAGAGACUCCUGCUACCUGCCCCUCAUCCAGGAAGUCCAGAGACUCUUCCCUAGCGACCAAUAUGACUUGUCGAAGGUGAGCGUGCUUGUGCCAGGGGCGGGGCUUGGGCGGCUGGCGUGGGAAAUCGCUCGUCUUGGCUACGUCUGCCAAGGCAACGAGUGGAGCUUCUUCAUGCUCUUCUCUUCCAACUUUGUCCUCAACAGAUGUGACAAAGUCAACUCCUUCACCUUGUAUCCAUGGAUACACCAGUUUAGCAACAUCAAGAGGUCAGCUGACCAGACCCGGCCAAUCACCUUCCCCGAUGUCAACCCCCAGAGCCUGCCUCCAACCUCUGACUUCUCCAUGGUUGCCGGAGACUUCCAGGAAGUGUACACCGAGCCAGAGUCCUGGGACUGUGUGGCCACAUGCUUCUUCAUCGACACGGCUCACAACAUCGUUGAUUACAUCGAGACCAUCUGGAACAUUCUCAAACCCGGCGGCGUCUGGAUCAAUCUGGGGCCUCUGCUGUAUCACUUUGAGAACAUGGCCAACGAGCUGUCCAUCGAGCUGAGCUACGAGGACGUGAGGGCGGCCAUCAUUAAAUACGGCUUCGACAUGGAGGUGGAGAGGGAGUCAGUGCACACCACCUACACGGAGAAUGCCUGCUCCAUGCUCAAGUACCUGUACGACUGUGUCUUCUUCGUGGCUCGGAAACCCGCCCACCUGUACGCCGAUGCCAACGGUCUCCAGGAAGUGCCGGAGGGCCACCCGGCGGCAUCGCCGCGGCGGCAAGAGUUCGGCGACAGUCUGACGUGACGUCCGAGGCGGGCCGCGCAACGUCACCCAGAACGGAGAGCGAGGCACGCGAUGAUGAAAA